CUAUUUCAUCUCUCUCACAAAUGGCAAGCUCAGGUUGGAACACCAUAGACUCCGAUGCAGGUGUUUUCACCCGCUUGGUGGAAAAAUUGAACGUCAAAGACGUACAAUUCGAAGAUUUAUAUUCGAUUGAUUCGGACUCGCUAAGGGCCCUCAGUCCCAUCUAUGGAGUGAUUUUUCUUUUCAAGUAUAGUGCCAUUGACAGACAGUAUGCCCUCGACAACAAUGCGCCUUUGGCAGGUGAAUACGACCAGGACUUCCAACAAUACGAUAUAUUCUUCGCCAACCAGACCAUUCAAAAUGCCUGUGCUACCCAAGCAGUGUUGAAUAUUCUUUUAAACCAAAUACACGUUGAUGUGGGAGAGGACUUAGCAAACUUCAAGUCUUUUGUGACGGGUUUCGACCCGUUGAUGGCCGGAGAAACUAUCAGUAACAGCGACUUGAUCCGCUCGGUCCACAAUUCGUUUCUGACCCCUUCCAUCCUCGUCGACGAAGACCCAUCCAAACCACCACCAGACAGUGACCACAAAAACGACGGGCUCUUCCAUUUUGUUGGAUACGUCAACGUGAACGGAUAUAUCUACGAGCUCGAUGGACUCAAGGAUUUCCCCAUCAGGCACUGUUCCUGUUCCAGUCAGGACGAAUUUAUCGACAAAAUACCCCUGGUAUUGAUGGAGAGAAUCAGCAAGUACAAAGACGAGUUGCGGUUUUCGACAUUGGUGAUCACCAAUAAUAAGCUUAAGCAAUACAAGGAGAUUGGAGAUUCUUUCAUGGUGGAGUCGGAGAUUAAUAAAAGAGAUUUAUGGGAUCGUGAGAUAGAGCUCAGAAAGCAUGACUACACGAAUCUCUUUGUCAAAAUCGUCAAGGACAUAAGCUCUAAGAGCUCUGACCAGGACUGGCAUGUGCUUCUCGACAAGGCACGUCAGAAGAGCAAGCGCAGGCUAAUGUAAUCUUGGUGUACACUGUGCUAUUCUACUGAUCUAAUUUUAAUGCUAUACAUGGUAGCGUAUACCAUGAGUAUUUAAUGAGUACUAAUAUAAGGAGUAUUGGUGAUACAUUUAUCUAUUCAUAAUUGUUAAAGCUGAGAAGCCCUCCUCCACCUCUCGAGUGUCUUGAGAAAUAGUCAAAGUCGAUGCUUACAGCGUUACCAAGUAGAACCGCCCGCUGGUCGAGCGUCAAAGGACCUGCUACUGAAGGGUACAAUCCACCCAUCCCAUCAAAACUAGCAGGAUCCAUCCGAAUGAUGUACACACCAGUAUCGGUGAAAAGCUCUCUUCCCAAUCCAACCCAAUUUCUGUCCACAGACGCAAUCACGUCGCCAUCCGCGUUAGAGACAGGGAAAUCAAACGACAAGAACGGGGCAUCAAUGGCCCCAAACUGGUUGUAUUCAUCGGUGACAUCGUCGUCGAGCUUGAACAAAUUGUACCUCCGUCUCCACAAAUGCCAACUUUGAACCGACUCGCCUAUCGACUCUAGUUCCAUUUCACCGUGGGAAUUAACACCCGGCAAAUACGCUUUUAUAUGACUGUUGAUAAACGAAAACGGCCGUUUUAUCACCAUCAACAAGUCUCCAUAGUUGUUAAAUACCUCAAUGUCAAAAGGUCUAUGUAACCGGAAAAACUGUCUGCCCAACAUCUUGAAGAUCCCCAAAUCCUUCUCUUGCAUGAACCCAAUCUGCUCGCCCAUGGCGUUCAUUAUCUUGUACCGAUUGGCCUGUUCGAAUCCUAAAAAGAGGUUCAUCAUCUCAACUUUUCUCUCAAUCACCAAAGUAGGUUCUUUAAGGAUAUCAUAGAUCCCAUCGUGGACAGUAAUGAGGCCAUUUUCAUUGGGUGGCCUGCUAAACACACUGUAGCGAGAAUUGGGAUCUGAUGAUGGUUCAUCCUGGUAAUAAAACUGUUUGGCACCUGAAGGCUUCAGUCUUGAGUUGUAGUAUUUGGUGACCUCAUCCUCCGGAAUUUCUUUCGCUUUACGCACACGUUCACGAGGACGCCACCUUAUAGGAGUGGUGGUCAAGAGCCUGGUAGGAGCAUGGCCAUAGGCAAAUUUAUUGAUGUGUAUUAAUUGCCUUCUUAUCAUUUGCCAUCUAAUGGAUGAGCGC